CUCAGGUGAGCUGGCUCAUCCUGUCCUGUCUCAGAGGCUGUCAGCAGGCGGAUCAUGAGCCAUUGGCUCCUCCGGGGCAGGCUGUAGAACACUCUCACCAAAGGACAAGCACACCAGGCACUAUGGGACAGUGUCGGUCAGCCAAUGCCGAGGAUGCCCAGGAGUUCAGUGAUGUGGAGAGGGCCAUUGAGACCCUCAUCAAGAACUUCCACCAGUACUCAGUGGAAGGUGGGAAGGAGACGCUGACCCCCUCUGAACUACAGGACCUGGUGACCCAGCAGCUGCCUCACCUUAUGCCGAGCAACUGUGGGCUGGAAGAGAGAAUCGCCAAUCUGGGCAGCUGUAACAACUCUAAACUGGAGUUUGGGAGUUUCUGGGAACUGAUUGGAGAAGCAGCCAAGAGCGUGAAGCUGGAGAGCCCUGUCCAGGGGAGCUGAGAACUUUCCCCUGGGAUUCUUGGGGGGAUAUUGGGCAAAGGGGGCCUUAGAGACUGUUGGCCUGGAAAUAAAACUGCUCUCUUUACCAUCA